UCGGACCUUUGUAUUGUUGUGGAUCGUGUGCGCAGUGUUUAGGAAAACGCGCGUUAACGUCCAUGUGUUUGUUGCCGGUGUAUACUUGAUUCAACCUGUGCCUACAAUCUAUACAUGAUUACUCGCUGUCUUUGAGGCCAAAGCUUGAUUAUAUUUUUGCGAGAGAACGUGUUUUGGAUUAUCGUAAGUGUAGAUUAGCUCGUUAUACUAUCUGUCAAAGUCCUUUCGAAAAUUAGGAACCUUCACGACUUUCGGUUAGUUUGCUUAAACUAAUCCAAAGCUAAUAUCGAGAAAUUUUUUUCUCAUCAUAGAUAUGAUGGAUGACAUGGAUAUUCUGAAUCUCAUGGAUGACGAUCGAGGCAUAGACCUUCCAAAUGAUAUUCGGAAAGAUUUCGAGAACGAGUAUAGGAAACUGUGCGCACACUUUGGUUUUGAGAAGAGAUUCUGGAAGAAAGACACUGACGAUAUGCUCAAAGAAAUCAUAACUGUAGACAGCGACAAUGUGAAGAGUUUGAUGUUGGAAAGAUUGCAAAAAUUGACAAGUGGUAAUUUUUACAACAAAUUUGCUACUUUUUUCGAUAAGAACUCGGAAAAGUGCCUUAAAAGAAAUGGCAAAAGCUCUGAAGCGUCCGAAAAAGCGCGAAUCAUUGGCAAUGAAUUGUUUAACAGUGGUUUUCUUCGAGAUGAAGAUUACCAAGACAUUCGAAAAUGGUAUGGUGAGGCCAUCGCUUUGGCACCACCAGAUUCAGAAUUGUUAGCUCUAGCCUAUGGAAACAGAUCUUGUCUAUUGUUAACUAUUUGUAGAUUUAAAGAGUGCAUUAAGGAUAUACUAAGAGCUUUGGCCAUAACUGAUUCCAAUGUCCUGAAAGUCAAGUUAUUGUGCAGAAAGAUGGCAUGCUUUGGACACUUAGGCACUGACAUAAGUAAGAAAAAAAAUCUUAUGAAAGAAAUUGAGAACUGCGUGAAGUUGGUUGAUCAAAAGGAUCGAAAUGAGAAAUUUUGCAAGAUGAUUAAAAAAGCAAAGGCUGAAUCCAGUAAGAUGCCGUUUGUAGUUUACAAGGAAGGCACUAUGGUCACAGAAACUUGCACUUCUAGUGGUAUCAACGUAAGCUAUAGUCCAGACUCUGGUCAACAACUGGUAGCCUCUCAUGAUUUACAACCAGGAGAAAUUAUUUUCGUCCAACAAUCCUAUGUUACCAGUGUAAACACUAACAAAGCUUGCGCUUAUUGUUGUCACUGUAUGACACCAACAUGGUGCACAAUUCCAUGUGAUCAUUGUAGUUUAAAUAUGUAUUGUUCCAAACAAUGCAAAGAUGAAGCUUGGAACAAAUAUCAUGAUAUUGAAUGCAAUAUGGCUAUGCAUAUGCAAUUUGAUGAUACCAAGUACUACUUUUAUCAGAUUGCUGUUAAAACCAUUAUUAUGGCUGUCAAAGAAGCUGGUAGUGUAUCAGCUUUGAGAGAAGAACUGGAAAAAUUUGAUAAAUCUAAAGAUGAACAAGCAAAGUAUUUUACUGAACAAAAUAAAUCUGGCAACAUUAAUACAUUUAAAAAUUUCUACAAUCUAUCUCACAAGUGCACAGUUUUCAAGCUCACAAGAAUCCUGAAAGAUGCCUUUCUCAUCCUAGUAUACUUUGUUAAAGCAUCAAAUUUGUUUGCAUCUGAUUUGAGUAGUCUAUCUGGCAAAGAACUGUCUGAAAAUGAUGACGUAGUUUUUGUACUACUACUCAUAUUGAGAAUAAUUGCUGUAACAUAUUCAAAUUCUGACCAUCAUAUACCUUAUAGAAGCGAUGAUUGUCUUGUACAAAAUGAUCUAGAUGCAUGCUUAGAUAAUCGAUGUUGCUCUACAGCUACUUCUGUUAACAUUUAUGUACAGUCACUCAAAUAUGAUUGCAAUCCAAAUGCUAGAACUGUCAUUACAAAGGAUGGAAAAGCUGUUUUAUUUUGUUUGCAACCUAUAGGAAAAAAUUGCCAGAUAUCUGUAAGCAAUUUUAGCUUCUACAAUGAAAGCAAAAGCGAGCGACAAACUUCAAUACUGAAGAAAUCUCAUUACAUUUGUCAAUGCCAAGCGUGCAAAGAAGAUUGGCCUCUGUUACCUGUGCUCAAGCAGAAAUUUCAAUUAGAAAUUUCUGGAAAUCGCAGGGACGCGAAAAGUACAUUAGGAACCAAACUGGUGAAAAUAUUAUGGUCUUUUAAAAAAUCACUGGAUAAUGACGACUAUCGGCCUCAGAAAGCCACUAUGAUAACUAUGGGCAAAGAAAUCAGUAGCGCUGUAAGAAUUUUUGGGCAAUCCUCCUACAUAACUUGCCAGCUUAUUGAGAUGUUGGAGAGUCUGUAUCAACGUAUGUACGAGGUCGAUACUUUUGUAGCUCCCAAGGUUGUAGAUGGUGGUAUUGGCAUGAAUUUUAACGAUGAAGAUAAGGACAUUAGCGCCCUAUUAAAAAUGGAGCUAUUAUCAGGACUCUUGAAUCAGUGAUCAUAUAAGAAGAGAUUUACAUGGAUUUUUUUUUUAAUGUAAAUGAUAACUUAUGUAGAUUUUUAACUUUUAUUUUUUUAUUUUUAUAAUAAAACUGUAUCAAGAUAAA